AUGUCGCUCCGUGCUACUGGAUCCCCUGAGGCAACUCGUAGAAUGCCCGAACCCCUCCAGGACGACGGGGACCAUGGUGGUGGUGGUGGCCGUGAGCGUGUUGUUUCGUCUAGAAGCAGAAAUGAACAUGAAAAUCCUGUCUCCAAUCCAGAGACACAGCAAUCUGCUAUCGAUCAAAUCCUAGCAAAGCUGGCCCCCAAGGAGAGUACCCCCGUGAGCCAGUCGUCUAUCAACAACGAUAUUAUGGCCAAGCUGUCUGAGCAGCAAGCCUUGUUGGAACAGCAGCAGAAGAUCCUAAUGGACAAGCAGCUGCGCUCUGCAUCUCAAACCCAGGGUGUAAAAUCUUCUUCUGUCUUGAGUUCCGGUGACUCAAAUGCUGGCCAACAGGACAAUGCGGAUGCCAUAGAGAUGCUUCGUUUGAAGCAGGAAUUAGUUGCUGCUAAUUCUCGUCUUGCGCUCCAGGAGCAAGAGCUGGCGCAGACUCGUGUGAUGAAACACACCUUAGACCAAGCUAUGGGUCCGCCCUCUGAGGCUGAUUUUAGUGGUCGUGAGAUCACUGAACAAACCAUUAGCAAUUUGCAGCAUGCUUUCAAUGCAUCUACCCGCCCCUAUAGUCAACGUCAGGAGGCCUGGGCUAGCCAGGACGACGCCCGCUCUGACAUCUCAGAUGCUCUUUCUGCUGGUGGCUACAACCGUGCCCGUGGCAUAUGGAACAAUUCUCAUCCGUCAUUCAUAAUGAAUGCUGCUGUUGGAAAUGACAGGCCCUACCGCGAAGUUCCGGCUCCCUUGGGCAACUCCAACUUUGCAGCUGACCCUGGCCGUAACUGGGCUAGCAGAUUGCCUCAACAGGGCAUGGGACAGAAUCCAGCUUAUGUGCCCAGCCAGCGUGUUUUAUCCUCUGGCCCUGGUUCCCCUACCUUUGGGUUUGAUAGUCGUUAUGCCAAUGAACAGUCCCAGUUUCUCCAAGGUGCCGCUAGUCGCCGCCCUUCUUCCCAGUUGAAUCGUGGCGGUUCGUGCUUUCCACCACAAAACUCUCCCUGGGGAACUUUUCCUACCACGGCUCCUGGUGGGCCAACAACUCGAACUAUAAGCAACCAGCAUGCAGGAACUUAUCCCGGAAUGUUUCCGGGCCCUCCUGCUCCCAGCCCUGCUCCUAGCCAGUACCAGCCACGUCCUAUUGGGACUCCUCUUUCCCCUACUGCAGCGGAGUUUACUGUCAAUUCAGCUGAUGCAUGGAGCACCGCGUCUACAUCUGGUGCUGCUCAGACCUAUGUUUCACCACUGGAGCCGUUGAACUACCGUCGUCUGCUUGACAAGAGUGUGUCCUGUGACUGGAAGUAUAUUGUCGACAAGAUCGUCUGCGGCAAUGACCAGCAGGCCUCAAUUUUCCUCCAGCAGAAGCUCAAGGUUGGCACCUCAGAGCAGAAGUUCGAAAUUAUCGAGGCAAUAGUUAAUCAGGCAUACCCAUUGAUGGUCAACCGUUUCGGAAACUUUCUUGUUCAACGCUGUUUCGAACAUGGCACUCCUGAACAAAUCAUUGCCAUAGCCAACGCUGUUCGCGGAAACACUCUGAGUUUGAGUAUGGAUCCUUUCGGUUGUCAUGUGAUCCAAAAGGCAUUUGACUGUGUGCCAGAGGAGCAUAAAGCAGUAAUGGUUCAUGAGUUGCUGCGCCGCAUCCCAGAAACAGUCAUCCAUCGCUAUGCUUGCCAUGUCUGGCAGAAACUUUUCGAGCUUCGCUGGAGCAAUGAACCCCCUCAGAUCAUGGCUAAGGUCAACGAGGCAUUGCGUGGAAUGUGGCAUGAAGUCGCCCUCGGGGAGACUGGAAGCUUGGUCGUGCAGAACAUCUUUGAGAACUGUGUUGAGGAUGAAAAGCGUCAAGCAAUUGAGGAAGUGCUUUCGAAUGUCGAUCUUCUCUCUCACGGACAGUUUGGCAACUGGUGCAUCCAGCACAUUUGCGAGCAUGGCGCACCCCAUGACAAGAGCCGUGCUAUUGAGCACAUCCUUCUCUGGGCCACUGACUAUAGUAUGGACCAGUUCGCCUCCAAAGUUGUGGAGAAGUGCCUGAAAAUUGGUGGAUCUGAGUUUCUCGACCGUUAUCUGAACCGUGUUUGCACCGGGCGUCCCGACCGUCCUCGCAUGCCUCUCAUCGAUAUUGCUGGUGAUCAGUAUGGCAACUACUUGAUCCAGUGGAUCCUUAUGAAUGCAGCUUCUCAUCAACGUGAUAUCGUUGCUACUCAUAUUCGUAAACAUAUGGUCUCUUUGCGUGGGUCUAAAUUUGGCUCUCGUGUUGCAAUGCUCUGCUGCAACCCAAAUCAUGUGACUCGUCCAGGCCCAGGAGCAGGAGUUCAAGUUAGCCGUUUUUCCAGCCCCAGUGAAGAGCGUUUUCCCGGAGGCCAGCCAGCAGUUCGUUUCAAUCGGAGUGGCGGCCAGUGGGGUUCCAACUCCAACUCCAGCCCCAACUAUCCGGCAUAUCGUUGA